GCGGGGGCGUGGCCGCGGGGGAGGGCGCGGUGAGGGCCGGCGGGAGCCGCGCGCGAGCGGCCGCCAUGGCGGACGAGAUCAGCAAAGCGCAGGCGGCGCGGCCCGGCGGGGACACCAUCUUCGGGAAGAUCAUCCGCAAGGAGAUCCCCGCCAACAUCAUCUACGAGGACGAGCAGUGCCUCGCAUUCCAUGAUAUUUCACCUCAAGCUCCAACACAUUUCCUAGUGAUUCCUAAGAAGCCAAUUGUCAGAUUGUCUGAAGCAGAAGACUCUGAUGAAUCUCUUCUUGGGCAUUUAAUGAUUGUUGGCAAGAAGUGUGCUGCUAACCUGGGCCUGACCAAUGGAUUCCGGAUGGUUGUGAAUGAAGGGCCUGAGGGUGGGCAGUCUGUCUAUCACGUACACCUCCAUGUUCUGGGUGGCCGUCAGUUGGGCUGGCCUCCUGGCUAAGAUUUUUACACCACGAGAGCCAACUGCAUGCAUACAAGUUACCACCGAACAGAUUUAAUGUGUUAUCCAUCAGUCUAGCCACUGUUAGUGUAUUGUUUUUUUUUUUAAUGUGUGUCUACAGAGGGUAUUAAAUGCUCUGAACAACAUUCGCACAAUAAAAUUUAAGCAUGUGGGAA